AGUGGACGCACAAGAGAGACCUCACUGACCAGGCAGGCAUCUGCAGAAAGGUCGAUCAGGCAGUGACCACCACCGCUCCAGCCCGGCUUCAUCCCACUGGGUCAGCAGCACCUGUGAGAGCAGUGAGUCACCCCACUCGGCGCGGUCGGCUGUACAUGGAGACCCCCAGCUGGGCAGAAAGCAAGCCAGGAAACGGGUUGUGCAAAUCUGGAACCAUUGCUCUCUUUGGAAACGUGGUGUACAGUGGGCUGCUGAACGAUCACUUCUGGCAUUUUGGGGUGCCCCUCGUCACGAGACUGGGUAACCAAGAGGCCACAGCCCCCCCAGAAGCGAUGGCCCAGCCGUACCCCCCCGCCCAGUACCCCCCUCCUCCGCAGAACGGAAUCCCAGCGGAGUAUGCAGCGCCACACCCCCACCCCACGCAGGACUACACGGGCCAGAGCACGGUGCCCGAGCACGCGAUGACCAUCUACACGCCCACACAGACACACAGCGAGCCGCCGGGCACCGACAGCAACACGCCGUCCCUCACCGGCACGACGACGGUACCGCAGGCGGACGAGGUGGCGCAGACGGAGGGCUCCCAGCAGCUGCAGCCCUCGGACUCCUCAGAGAAGCAGCAGCCCAAGAGGUUACACGUCUCCAACAUCCCCUUCCGCUUCCGGGACCCGGACCUACGGCAAAUGUUCGGGCAAUUCGGGAAGAUUUUGGACGUGGAAAUUAUUUUUAACGAGCGGGGCUCCAAGGGCUUUGGAUUUGUAACUUUCGAAACGAGCGCGGACGCUGACCGCGCGCGGGAGAAACUAAACGGUACAAUCGUAGAGGGACGCAAAAUCGAGGUAAACAAUGCAACAGCAAGAGUAAUGACCAACAAGAAGGUGGCUAACCCUUACACAAAUGGGUGGAAGCUGAAUCCAGUGGUGGGAGCUGUCUAUGGUCCUGAAUUUUAUGCAGUAACCGGCUUCCCCUACCCGACCACAGGGGCGGCGGUGGCCUACAGAGGGGCCCACUUGAGAGGCCGGGGUCGUGCCGUGUACAACACAUUCCGCGCCGCGCCCCCGCCCCCACCCAUCCCGGCCUAUGGAGCGGUGGUUUACCAGGACGGCUUUUACGGCGCUGAAAUUUAUGGGGGUUACGCCGCGUACAGAUACGCCCAGCCUGCCGCCGCCGCCGCCGCCGCCUACAGUGACAGUUACGGCCGAGUCUAUGCAACGGCAGACCCCUACCACCACACAAUCGGCCCUGCCGCCACGUACAGCGUCGGUACCAUGUAAAUAAAAACAAAGAAUACAGUAUCGAGUAACGAAGGACAUCAAUGGAAAGGAACGGAAAACAACAAGGAUGAAAGGGGGGAAAAAAAGCUUUGAAAACACCAACGGAAAAAAAAACCGACAAAAACAAAAACAACAAUUUAAGAAAAAAAACAAAAUAAACAAAGGAAUCCUUCUAUCGAGGCUGACAGGGGGCAGACGGAACGCACGCAGAACUGUGCCACAGCGACAACGUCAAAGCAAGCCAGGAGCGGGAGGGAUGGAGGGGCUUCGCUUUCUCCUCCAACAGCCGCGCUGGGGUGGAAGACAAGAAGAGCUGAAGAGUGGUCAGUCAUCAUAAAACUUUUUAUUUUUCUAAACUUUUUUAAGUUUAUGAUUUCCAAAAAAAAAAAGUAGAGAAAAGUGUAUAUAAUAUAUAUGUAUAAAUAUGUUUUAAAAAUAGGGAACUAAAAAAAAAAAAAAGUCGAAGCCGAAGUGGGGGAAGCUUGCAGUGGCUCUAAAGGGGGGCAGUGGGCACGUCCUGCUCCCCUUUACGCUGCAAACCACCCUGUCCUCUGAGUGCCUGAGGGGAGGUGCCGGGAGGGGGGCGGGACGGGAGGGCGUGGUCAGCAGCCAGACACGAUUUCGCACCUCCCGCAGUGUAACAUCAUGCAAUAUCGGAAUCGGCUUCCUGUGGGCGGGAUCGCAAGUCAACCUCUUCCUGUGGCUGAUGCCCAUGGCCACCUUCUUCCUCCCCCUGUUUAUAUAUCACUGGUACUCUCUAUCUUGCGGCAGUACCACAGAUAAACUUACUCCUUUCGGUAGAGUCACAGCUGAUCUUCCUAUUGCUCCUAUUACGAGUCAGGUUCCUGUGGGCCGUUUUGCAGACCACUGAUUGGGCAGUGUCAGAGGUCAACUUCCUGUUGCCAACAUAAGAGGUGCGCCUGUAGACUGCACUAUAAGCCUGGUUCCCUUAUACUCCAGUACGGGUCAGCUCCUUGUUGGUCCUUUAAUAGGUCAGCUUCCUGUGGGCAGUCGUCCAGUCCAGACUUCCAGUAAGUGAUGUGAGGGAUCAGGUUAUGCAACUGUUCCCUGCUAGUGGGUUUCCCUGCAGAGUGAAGCGGAGCAGAACAGCGCAGAGAUGGGGCUUUGUGGCAGCCUCAGAACAGGCUCGCCCGCCUGAGCUAAAUCCGCAUUUCUCUUAUUCGGUGUGAAAGGGAAGCGCACUUCCUGUGAAAGGCAGCGCUGACGGACGAGUGGCCAGACAGACGAAACCACUGAGACUUAGGAAUACCGGUGGUGUGGCAGCUCUCUGCUGGAGCAUCAUCCCACACUACCUUGAUCUAACAUCUGAGAGCCGAGAUGUUUGUUCGGUGCUCUUGUGAGACCAAAAAGAAAAAAAAAAAGAAAAGGGAAUGCAGCACAGGCCAGUGAGACUCGAGAGGAGUUGUACUAUAGGAGGAUAGACCCAGACUUUAUAAAUAACACAUGAGCCCAGCUUGGAGGUGGAAAUCCACGCCGUUCCUCCACCGCAGUCAGAGGAGCGCUCCAGCGCUGGCGAUGCAAAGAGAGAGAGAGAGAGAGAGAGUAUAAGCGAAGGCCCAGGAGCGAGAUAAGAGCCUGCCGGAGCUCCGCUUCGCAGUCCCGCCCCUUACAGAAGGUGUGCGGAACUGCAGGUGGCCCCCGCCCCUUUCCCCCCCCCUCUCCAGGAUUCGGGCCUAGGCGUCGAACGGUAAACUCCCGGAGACGAAGUUCAUCUCGCGCGUUUAGUUCCUACACAAGCAGACUCCAGGAAAUCGGCAGCCGAUCCACUCUCACGCAGGUAAUUUAGAAAAAGACGAAGGCCACGUGCGGUCGUGUUUUCCUCCCCCCCGUGCUGCUGGCGCAGUGUCAGAGCGCCUCCACAGGUGGGACAUGCAUUACAGAGUUACGUCCGGUAGCGCAGCUCAAGCCCGACGCUACCAAAGCAUUACGUAGUGGUGUCAGUGUUGAGGUGGCCGUGCCGUGUAGUAAACCACUUUUGUACAUCGUGUCAGGGGGCUACAAAUUAAGAGAAUUGGAGCUGUCUGCUUGGGAUUGUCACAGAAAUUCUGCCAUCCAUCUUAGAAAUGGACCUUUUGCCUGCUUGCGGGGGAAGAUAAAGUAAGAUGGGCACCAGUUUAGUCAAAGGGUUGCAAACAAAGUUUUAUUAAAGUCUAUUACCUUUCUAUUUAUAUGGAACUCUACUUUAGUGACAUCCUUAUAUAUCUAAACGUUGUACUAAUAACAUGCUGCCGAGCAUGGUCGAAAGUCAAUUGUAGCCAUUUACUAAUGUUGUAUUAUUGUAUUACAAGUAAGAAAAAAUAUUUAUAUAUAUAAAUAUAUAUAUGUGAUUUGCAACCCCUCGAGAAUACUUUUACCUUAAUAGUUCUGGUGGAGGUAAUGAAAAAUGUAAUUGUCAGCAGGACUUAAUUCACUGUAAACGUUUGGAGGGAUUUUUACUUGUGUGCCGUUUUUCUGUUUGUUUGUUUGUUCCUUUGGUUCAGCUAUUGAAUGUACUUUAGACUCUUGGACUUCUUAUGUAAAUGUUCUUAUUUUUUAAACAAUACUCUGUAAAUGUAUGUACAUGCUAUAACUUACCUAUGCCAUGAUGCUGAGCCUGUGUGUCUUUGAGGAGGAAACAGUGGUGUGCAGUGGUGAAACUCUGGGAAUCCAGUUGACUGUUCUUUAACAGGUUGUGAGUACACCAGACAGAGAACGAGAACUUCUCCUGCCCUGCAGGAAUAGGAGAAUAUACAUGCAAUCUUUAUUUAAUCAGUGAGAAUGGCUUGUACAGGCAUCUCAAGGAGGAUAAAAUGAACAAGAGGAACACAGUGUUCUGGAUGGUAGUUUAAAAAAAAAAAA